AUGGAGCCUCUGUGGGACUCUGGAGGCGCAGCUGGCGGGCAAAGGCUUCCUUCAUCGAGCCCAACACAUGACCGUUCUGGAAAACAGGCACUUCCUUUUGUGCUUCGGGCCCCUGUACGGCAGGCGACUUUUCACUCAUUAGAAUUUGUUGAGGGUCUUGUUCAGCAUGCUCGUGGUGUGGAGCAGGAGCAUAGCGCUUUCACACUGCCCCUUCAGCGGGACUUUGGAGCCAGGCAAGUGCUUUCACGCAUAAUACAGGAGUCCCAGUGCGUGGAGGGCUGGCCGAAGCUUUUUCCAAAGUCAGAUGACGAGUCGUGCCAUUUCUCCAUGAUGCCGUCUUCGUAUGUGUUGCGCGCAGGACUCAUGCGCGCACUCGGUUUUUCUGCUCCGGGGCACAAUGACAACAGCGAUAGCCGUGCAGUAACACUAGACAGAGUCAUAGUUAGGCCCUCGCGGUUGGUGGACAAGCAAGGUGUUGAGAUGCUAUUUUACCGUGAGGCGGCGCAGGAUCAGCUGAAACAUAUUGCGCUGUGUGAGUGGUGCGAGGACCUGAUUUUCUUCGCGCUUCACCGUGGAUUUUCGCCCCUGCAGGUUCAGUGCUUGCUGCUGACGGCGAUGCAUCUCAUGAGGGCCAUCGCGGAGGCGCCUUCCAAUGCGAUAGACGAUGACUCAAUUGUAGAGGAGCGGUGCACUCGCGUGCUGCAGGAGGCACUGAUCGAGCAGUCGUGUUCGUUGCCACGCAAAGUUUAUGAUGUGCGCCGAUCUGUAGAAGAUGUCACGUAUGAGGAGAAGGAUGCAGAGUUCGUUGCCGCUAUCGAAGCUAAACUUGCGAAGGAGAAGAAUAAGAAACAGCAACAGUUACUGUUGGAGCAACUGGAGAAUGCGCCAGUGGAGAUUAAGUCGCGACGUGAGGUUGUAAAAAAGAAGGUAGUGUACGAAGUUAUUGUUGGGCCGUACUUCACACCACAGGAGCUGGCACAGAUACUGAACUUCUUCUGUACCACUGCAGUGCGUCACUGGAGGCUGUUUCAUACCUUCCUUUUGGCCGCGCAGCCUUCUGAGACCUGUGACGUUAGCUUAGUUCACGACGAUAUUUUCCCUUUCUGCGUGCCUCCACUGCAGGAAUUUCUGGAGGAGGGCAUGCUAAACAUGGAGGCCGAACGGCGAGCGGUUGUGGAUGAAUGUGAAACGCUGCUCAGGAGUAUCUUUGAAGAGGAGUUCAUGAAGCCCAUACGUGAGCUCGAGCAAUAUCGAAAUGAGGCUUUGAGGGUUUCAAUUGAAAAGGAGCGGAAAGAGUUCGAGGAUAACAUGAAAAAUGUGUUGGAUACCUCAAAUUACCGGAGGGUUUCUAGAGCAUUUGAGCUGCGCUUGGAAAAGCGGCUCGAACGGAGCGAACUGGCGGCCCCCGAGGUGGCACCUCCGCCCGUAAUGGAGCAGCCCGCUGCCGUUUCCUCGAGGCGCGAGAGCAUGAGGAGGAAGUCUAGAGUGGCUCACCGUCCGCGCCUGGAUUCCCUCGUGGGGAGCCCCGGCAUAUCGACUACGGCGGCAGCGGCGGUGGCUGCAGAAGCUCAGGUUGAUGUGGUCUUUUCUUUGGAGGAUGUGGAAGCCCGCAUGUCAACACUGGAACACGCCGUGGCGGGAGUCUCCAAAGGGAGGUCAAGAAAGGGUCGUUAG